UUGAGUACAUUUUGACUGACAAAACUGGUACUCUAACAGAAAAUAAGAUGAUCUUUAGAAGGUGUUGUAUCAGUGGCAUUUUCUAUGGAAAUGAGACAGGAGAUGCCUUAAAAGAUGCAAGGUUGCUCAAUGCUGUUGCAAGCGGUUCUCCUGAUGUUAUACGGUUCCUUACAAUAAUGGCAAUAUGUAAUACAGUAAUACCAGUACAGAGCAAAAGUGGUGCUAUCAUGUACAAGGCGCAGUCCCAGGAUGAGGAUGCACUUGUCCAAGCUGCUGCUCAAUUCCAUAUGGUUUUCUUCAAUAAAAGUGGAAAUAUUCUUGAGAUCAAGUUCAAUGCUUCUACACUUCGAUAUGAGGUUUUGGAAACUCUGGAGUUUACUUCGAAUAGGAAAAGAAUGUCAAUUGUGGUGAAGGAUUGCCAGAAUGGGAAUAUUAUUAUUUUAUCAAAGGGUGCAGAUGAAGCAAUUCUUCCGUAUGCAAGUGCUGGGCAGCAGACAAGGACAUUUAUUGAAGCUGUGGAACAAUAUGCUCAAUUAGGUCUUCGUACACUUUGUCUUGCUUGGCGUAUUUUGGAGGAAGAUGAGUAUCAAGAAUGGUCUUCGAUGUUUAAAGAGGCCAGUAGUACAGUGGUUGAUAGAGAGUGGAGACUAGCUGAGGUCUGUCAAAGAUUAGAACGUGAUCUUGUGAUCCUUGGUGUUACCGCAAUAGAAGACCGUUUAUAG